GGCCGAACAAAUUUCUUUUUUAAGCUUCACAACCAGCCUUCCUUUCGGAACUUUCCCAACACAACAUUGCGCUUCAAACGGAUGUAGAAGUCACUCCUUGAUGCUUGUCAUUUACAGCGCCAGCCAGCAGAUUAUCACAAGGAACUCUGUUCAGCCCAAAUAUGAUGACCAUCAACCCAACCGGAACGCCAGUCUGGGCAGAGAUCUUGAUCAUUCCCAUCGCGCUCAUAGCCCUAUCUAUUGCUCGACACAUAAUACAGCAGUUGCUAUUCCCCAACAAGGAUGAACCGCCUCUGGUCUUCUCUUGGCUUCCUUUUAUUGGGUCAACAAUCGACUAUGGUAUCGAUCCCUACAAAUUCUACUUCAAGUAUCAGAAAAAGUAUGGUAACAUAUUCUCGUUUGUACUCGUCGGAAAGAAACAUACGGUCUGCCUUGGACUAGAAGGGAAUAAUUUUGUGCUUAACAGCAGCGUGAGCGAGAUCAGUGCAGCCGACAUCUACCGAGGCCUUACCCUUCCGAUCUUUGGCAAAGACGUCUGCUAUGAUUGCUCUCCGGCAAAGCUUAUGGAGCAGAAAAAGCUUUUGAAAUACAGCUUGACGGCAGAUAAACUGGACUCCUUCGUCCCCGUAUUUCUCGAUGUAAUGCAGAACUACGUUGAACACGCCGAAGAUUUCCAAGGAAAUGAGGGCGUUUUUGAUGUUGUUGAGUGUAUGGCCGUCACGACUAUCUUCACUGCAGCCGCCUCGCUUCAAGGCAAAGAAGUAAGGGAAAAGCUCGACCAGGGACUUGCUGACCUCUACCACACCCUUGACCUAAGCUUCAUCCCCAUCAAUUUCUACCUUCCUGGAUUACCACUUCCAGUGAACCGAAGAAGGGACGAAGCACAUAAAAAGAUCGCUGCAAUUUACACGAACAUCAUUAAUCGCCGACGAGCGCUCGGGGGCGAAAGUGCCCGCGAAGCAGACGACGACAUGAUAUGGAGCCUAAUGCGCUCAACCUACAAAGAUGGCACACCUGUUCCAGACCACGAAAUCGCAAACCUGAUGAUCGGCCUCCUCAUGGCCGGACAGCACAACGCCUACUCCGUCGGCUCCUGGAUCUUAUUCCGGCUCGCGUCACGUCCUGAUAUCCAAAAAGCGCUAUACCAGGAACAGAGGGAAGCUCUUGGCACCGACCUCAUUAUUUCAGCUAGAAGAGAUCUUGUGAGCAAGCUUCCUCUGCACAAAAUGGUUGUUCGCGAGACACUACGUCUUCACGAUCCGAUUCACACUGUCAUGCGAGCCGUCAAAGUACCAUUAACAUUCACUUCCACGUCUCGGUCGUAUAAAAUCCCCACUUCCCACGUCCUAAUAUCAGCCCCUGGUGUGACCGCCCAAUCUGCAGAGUAUUUUCCCGAGCCAGACAAGUGGGAGCCGCGAAGGUGGGAAGCGAUGACUGAUUUUCUGGAAAGGGGGGAGAAGCGAGGUGCUAUGUCCGCUUUUCUGCCGUUUGGAGCGGGGAGACAUCGCUGUGUGGGAGAGGAGUUUGCCUAUUUGCAGUUGUGUACAAUUAUUGCUUAUAUGGUGAGGAAUUUUGUGUUUAGGCCAAUGGAGGGAGAGGGGGUUCCGAAGACGGAUUAUACGGCUAUGCUUACGAGGCCAGUCUUGCCGGCUAGGUUGCAGUGGGAGAAAAGAUCUAAGGAGUAAGUUGUGAAGCAAGGGAGUUAAUAGAUAGUUUUCAGUUAGCGAUUCAUGGCGGCCUUACCCAGCCGGGGCGUUUUUCUCGAGUGAUUGAUUUGAAUUGAAGGUUGCCAAUCGAUGUGAGUGGGUUUUUCUGGGGUGGACAGAAAGUCAGACGUGAAUAUGUCAAGUGGGGAGUAUACUCUUAUUCUGACGGCUGAAGCAUUACCAAAUAUAGCAUAUCUGGAUUUUGACACGUGGAGUGAGUCUUUGUCAGAUUUUCCCCGUUAAGCCGAGAAC